AAGCAUACCGACAUCCCAGCCAUCUAUGAUCUCGAUUCUCGUGCGCCAUCCAAGCCAUCAAUGAUCAACUUGAGCCAUCCAUUUCCACGGUGGUCUCCUUUCCUCUCCCUCUCCUUCUUCGUCCACCAGGUAUGCAGCCGGCAAGCAGACUGCGUGGGGGCGGGGGCGAAUGCCGUUCCUCCAGUGGCCAGUCAUCCACACGGGAGAGUCUGAGACAUCGUGUUCGCCUCGGUUCCUCCUCUUCUUCUUUUUGUUCUUCUUCUUCUGCUUCUUCUUCUUCCCCGCCUCCGUCCAGCACCCCACUCGUUUACUCUACACUGUAGGCACCGUACCCAGCAAGCCACGCAUAGGAGGAGUGGGGGUGGAUCAUCUUCAAGUUUGUGUGUGCAUAUAUGUGGGCGUGUGUGUGUUUGUGUGCGUGUGGCGGUUAUUCGCCUCCCCCGCAUCCCCCGAGACAUCGCGGAGCUUGUGUACAUCAUCUCAAGCGCCCCGAGCACAAAGCUGCCCAUCAGGGCUUGAUCAGGGCUUGUUCAUGUUGCAUCUCCAAUCCCUGAGCGGGCCUCGGUUUCGCGAGUACGCUAUGCACAAUUAGUCUGUGGUAACUACCGUACCUAGGACUUGACGCCCGAUCCACGGGGGGUGGGGAUGGAGUAAGUGAUGCUCCG